UGCCCCGGACGGCUACCUCUAGAUGCCCUCAAAGCGCCAAACAAGGGGCCAAACGAGCGCUAUAUGAUGUCAGUAGCGUAAUCCAGCUCCAUUCAUUCUUUUUCGAAUUAAGUACGAAAAUUCAUCUGCAUUGCUUGCAUGAUGGAAUGCAUCCAGUCCUCGAAAUCCGCUCUUCACAAACACGAUGAGUGAUCUCUUGUCUUACGGUCUUAGCGAUCAUCGCCGGACGCGAAGGACCCAUAAGAAGUCGCGAAAUGGAUGCCGUAACUGUAAGCAGAGAAGGGUCAAGUGCGAUGAAGUCAAGCCUACUUGUGGCAACUGCGAACGAUUCUCUAUUCCUUGCGACACUACACCUAUUUCGGCUGUUAGUGAUCGAUGUGAAGCCUUAGCCAAUGUCCCGGUACCGACAGCUCGGAAGCGAGGAAGGCCACGUAAAGAUUGGUCCGCUCUCACGAGGAAUCCCGAUGUUGACGGACAAGCCCCUGAAGCCUCCGAAACAGCCGUAUCUAGCCCUGCCUCGUCGAUUAGGGAGGAUAUUACCUCCCAAAACCUAUCAUAUGACGACCUAGAACUACUGCACCAUUAUAUGAGUCAUCAAGACUUCAGUCAGGGAAACACACUAUUAUGGCAGCAAAAAGUACCCCGCUUAGCUUUCGCCCACCACUGCGUUCUCCAUCUGUUGUUGGCUGCUUCGGCAUUCCAUCUAUUGAGAGCAGAACCCGAUCGAGCAGAACGGCUUGAGAGACUUGCAGAUAAACAUCUCUCUAUUGGGGUCCGUCAGGCCACGGGAAUCUUCCCGGAGCUUAGCAGAGAUAAUUGUUCUGUGCUUUACGUCGCCGCCUCUCUCGCCUGCUGUUGUGGUUUUGCUAAGAAACCCGGGCCCCGAAAUCUUUUAGUUAUAGCAGAUGGGAAUGAAGUGUCCUGGCUAGACCUACUUAGAGGUGUACGGCUCAUCAUCGAAACGAUUGGUUUCGAGCACGUUUUCACAGGAAUUCUAGGUCCGGAUCCGCCACCACCAUAUGGCGAGCGGCUUCCCCCAGAUAGCCUCCUACUCGAGUAUGCGGACUGGGAAGCGCCCCUACAAAAGGUCGCGACACUCAUUCCCACCACGGCCCCGACGAAGGAUCUAUAUGAAAGUACAUUCCAUGAUUUAUCAUGGUGCUUUCAAGAGACUUAUGGGACAUCCGAUUCACAUAAAGAUGCUAUCAUCGGCCAGUUCCAGGUCGUCAUUAGAUGGCUGUAUGCCCUAGAUGACGGUUUCGUAACGUGUCUACGCGAAAGUCAACCAAUAGCCCUUAUAAUCUUGGCAUAUUUUUCUGUAUUACUCAGUACUCUCGAGUACUGUUGGUUUGUGCGAGGAUGGGCUACUCAUGUCAUUCGAGGUAUUGCGGAUAUUCUAGGCUCAGAAUAUGAACUGUGGCUGCAGUGGCCAAGGGAACAGAUCGAGAAAACGCUCAAAGUUACCAGACCGGAUUUAGAUGCAUCGAGCUAAGUAACGAGAUAACUUCCGAGUUUGUUAGCUGGAACUUAAUGAACGGCGAUUGAUUUGAAAACAUUGAAUAGGACAGUAUUGCUUGGGGAGAUUUGUUCUUCGUGAUGCUAUUUGACAAACGCUUGGUGCGCUUGGCCUGUAGAUACUUAGGUACGUGUAUGGGUCCACUACACCAUUGCUUUGAAGACUUGCUGACAUUUGCCUCUAGUUAAAAGGGCAAGUUCUCGCGUAUAUAGAUCGUCAGUGUAUGCGGGUUCAAUGCAUUUUGG